AUGGAAGCUUCAACUCAAUUUGCUAUCACUCAUCUCUUUUUGUUUCUUUUUUAUUUAAUAAGAGGUUUAGAUUCAGCCACAUUUACGAUUGUAAACAAGUGUAGCUACCCCGUUUGGCCCGGGAUUUUGUCCGGUGCUGGGACGGCACAGUUAACAACUACUGGUUUCGUCCUAGACUCGGGUGAAACCAGUGUUAUAGCUGUGCCGACCGCUUGGUCAGGCCGAAUAUGGGGACGAACAUUAUGCUCAACAGACUCCACUGAAAAAUUCUCAUGUGCUACCGGAGACUGCGGGUCCUCUAACAUGGAAUGCAGAGGCAGUGGAGCCAUCCCACCGGCGACACUUGCAGAGUUCACGUUAAACGGUGCCGGAGGGAUGGAUUUCUACGACGUGAGUCUUGUAGACGGUUACAACCUUCCGAUGACUAUCGAACCGCGUGGUGGUUUCGGUAACUGCACGACGACGGGUUGUACGGUGGACUUGAACGAAGCAUGUCCGACGGAGUUGAAAGUGAGAAUUUCAGUUGAAGGAGAAAAGAGCGUGGCGUGUAAAAGCGCGUGUGAGGCUUUUGGGGAUCCGUUGUAUUGUUGCAGUGGCGCUUAUGCAACACCGCAGACAUGUAGACCAAGUUCAUACGCUCAGUAUUUCAAGAACGCGUGCCCACGCGCUUAUAGCUAUGCUUAUGAUGAUGGAACUAGCACAUUCACUUGUUCUUCUGCGGAUUAUGUCAUUACUUUCUGUUCUACACCUUCCAAAAGUAAGUUGAUAAAGUCAGGAGGAAGUGGAAAAUUGCCAUUUGGAGUGGACAUAUGGGCAGGAAAGGGCAAUGGACUGGGUGAUGAAUCAACAACCAAGGUGAUGAUAACAUCAGUAAUUGGCGCAGUUUUAGCGAUAAUUUUGUGA